GAAUUGGCUUUUUAUGUCAAUCUUGUAAUCUUACUUAACCUUGCUCUUAUUUUGCAGUACUUCAUUAUUAAUGUGAAUGUGGUGAAACAGGUAUGCUGCUGCCACGACACAUGCCAGUAGCAGUGGGCAAGGGGGGCUGUUGGCCCUGGUUGGUGAUGGAGUGUGCAAAACAAUUCAGUUCAGCUUAGCUUUGGAGCUUCUGCAAGAUGCAAGGCCUGUGUUGGUCUGAAACAUUACGUUAAUGCUGAAGUAUAUUCAGGUGUCCUGGAGUUGCAAGGGUGCACCUGCCAAGCCUUUGGACCUACUCUGCAUUGACUUCUCUAGAGAUUUGCAAAAGUAUAGUCAUGUGCUUAUGUACCUUGUACAUGUGCUCUUGUAGCCUGCUGGCCAAAGCAUAAGACACUUAUACAUGCAGACAGAAUCAUCUCUUGAGGUGGUUUACUUGGCAGUCAUGUCUCUAGCUCUCUAUCCUCUGGGAAAGAGGAAAGCUUCCCCUUCCAACAUCAACUCCAUUCCCAUUGACAAAGGGUAGUUAUCAGACAGACUUAGUAAGGGCAUCCUGAUUAGGACUUAGAAGUGUAUGCUAGCUGCUAAUGGCAUAGUAAAAUAGGCUUUGUUUCUCUGCAGAACAAAGGAAUAAUUUUUGUAAAGUCACUCUAACUGUGAAAAUCAGUCCUGCAAUGGAAGUUGAUAGUGACCAUUGCCAGCUUUCUUAGCAAGACAGUUAGAAUGAGCUGCAUUACAAAGUCAAGACUGGUUUUAGUGGUGUCCUCUAGUUCCCUGUGUGUGCUUUCCAUGUUCUUGAGAAAGGAGAUGCUUUUGGUAUUUCUGUUGGAUGCCGUGUUGGUGCGUGAUAUUGAAAGUAUGAUGCUUUUGUACCUUGAGAUGCCCACUGUAAAUAAAACAGAGUUCUGGAAUAGGUUAAUUCCUCUCCUUUUUUGCCCUGAACACACACACACACCUGCUCAGCCACUGUCACUAUGACUUCAGCCUGUCACUGUACACGCAGGGUGAUGCUGAAGUUGCAGGAGUCAUGGUCAGGGUGUGCAGCCUGUCCUCAUUUGGUAGGCAAGGCUGUGCAUAAUGUGGCACAUCUAACCCGAAGUGGCAGCUGGAAGUUCUAAGACUGAAGUGCUACCAUAACAGAUGGGCAUCAUUGUUUGGAAUGGCCUCUGCUUGUUGCAACUGCGUACACUAGUUAUCAGUCAACAUAUUAAGCAGGGCUCAAAUGGUGAGCAUUUAAUGAGGGGAUCUUUCCUUCCCUUCUGUCUUUCUUUUGCACAGUAUAUUAAACUAAUUUCUCACUUCUGACAAGGAAGAGCUGCCUGUCCUUCACUGCAGCUUUCUCCUUCAGCAGAAGAUUCAUUCUGUUUAAACUGAGCAAGGCCUUCUUGUGCAUGUUUAUUGCAUAAUAACAAGGUACUGUUACAAAGUCUCAACAGGGACCCGAUUUUACUGUCUUCCAGAAAGACAGUGGAAGGAAACUUGAAAUAUCUUUUGCAUAUGUUGACCUUCAAUUUUGAAAGCAGAUAAAGACUUCCAAUUUUGUCUUCUUGUUUGUGCUCUUGACCUGGUAGCCAUUCAGUGUUACUUCAGGAGUGACAGGUAAACUAAAACUUAGGUAAUUUAGGCAGUAGUCAUUACUUGGGAAUUUUUCAAGUUAAUCAUAGGAUGCUUGUGGAAUUUGACCCUUUCAUUCUAUAAACAAUAAAAUACUGUGCCUAUGUAUCUUUCCCUACAUAGAGAAUGUAUUUUUGUUGUGACAAAGUAGCCAGAUUGUUCCAGAUCUGGUUAAAAAAGCUAACAUUUGGCUGCACAGCAGCAGCUCUUCAGUCUAUGGUGUGACACAAGCUAUUCUCUGAUAUAAAUUGCCAUGGACCACUAAUGAGAAUAUGUUUACGGUUCCAGCAGCAGUAUAGCAGGCUGGAAUGAUAGCCAGGGUGACAGUUACUCUGUGGAGACACGACAAUUCUAAAAUGCAAGCAGCUAUAAAUCCACUGCAGCCUAUACCACAUGACUUCUACAUUAAAUAAAUUGUUUACUGACACUAGUUUAUCCACAAGGCAAAAUAUCAUAGUCACAUCCCACUUUAUGACAUCUUCAUAGUCAAUUCAUUAGUUUGCUUCUGUGGAACAUAAGGCCCCAGUUCUUAAUUAGGAUGCCGUUACCCUUUAUGUGAUGAAAGGGUGGCUAUAUCAUCAGGUCUGUGACAGCAGAAUAUUGCAUAAAUUCUGUGUUUGAUUUUGGAGAACUGGCACUGCUGUAAUUCUGCUAGCAAUUGUCAUACUAAUUCUGGCUGCUUUCUGUGGAUGAAUACACUUCCAAGGCUCUGUGUAAAAAAAAAAAAAAAUUAUCUAACUAGAUUAGAAUAAUCUGUGCAAUUGUGAUACAAAUUGCAUGGUGACCUCCAUAUAAAGUGGAGAACUGAAUCUAGAAGUUAGUUUCUUUAGAUAAAACUCUAAUAUUUUCACAUGUAAAGGUGGAGUAAACUCUCAGGAAGUAGUUUUGAUCAGUUCUUUACUAGACAUUUUCCAGAAUCUGAUUUUAGCAUUGUCAAAGCCUUCCACUAAGUGUUUUGAAAAUAUCCUCCAAAAAGUUUCUUUGACUAAUCUAGAUUGACUUUUGAAGAUUCAAUUAAAAAAAAAAAACCAAAACAAACAAAGCCCACAAAAAAAGGAGUGUAAACUAUACCCAGUUUGAGAACCUGACUUGGCCAUAAUCUGGGUCAGACUCUUGUUUGAAAGAAGUAGAAGCUCCUGUGCUAUCCCAAGAGGAUUGGAACAACUUAAUAAUGUGAGUGGCUCUUUUAUCUCCUAUUUAUUAAAUCUGGAGUUCCCUUCUGAUGGCGAAGAAAAAUUCAAUACUUCGAAGUAAUGCAUCGUAUGAGUGAAAAAUGGCUAGAAUUAUAGGUCUCACUAUUUCUGAUGGGCAAACUAAGGCUGUUGUCUCUGUUGAGUUGAUACCAAUGUCUCUGGUACAAGGUGCUGCUUUUAGGGUGACAAACAGACCUGUUCCCCUGCCAUUGAUUUCCAUGCUGAAAAUCCUCUGAUGUUGCUGUUUGAAUGCAGUUGUGUCAUUCUCUUCCUCUCCUGCUGCACUCCUUGCCCUGGGUCUGUAGAAGCUCAUUCUGGUGGCUCCUAGCUCACACUGAGGUGCACAAGUGUCUCAGCUUGUAUUUUUAGGUGUUUCUUCUUCACUGAAGGCCCUGCCUGGCCUGUAACCAAUAACCCCAGUGGUCACUACCUACUCUGUUUUGUGUCUGGCCUAUAUCCUGAAGGAUGUUCAGAAAGAUGAAUUUCUAUGAAUAUUUGAUGUAUCAGUGAAUGGUGACAUGCUGCAGGAAACUGAGGCCUGGUAAUGUUUGAGCUUUAAAAAGACCCCACCUCUGAACUCCUGGGUUUUCUCUGUUUGGAGCUGUGUGGGCUUGAGUGCUCUAAUGGAUUUAUCACCUGUGUUCUGCCCUCUUGGUACCCCUUCUCCUAAUGAGCCUUCUCAUGUGCUUGGUUCAGUUUCUCCAGUCGGUGUCUUGUUCUAAGGUCUGAGAUAGAGAUCUGCGCCUGAUUAGUUGUUCCUGUAUCUGGAAUAUUACUGUGAGUGUCACCAGGCUUUCUUGCUGGGCUCCAUAUAGACUUCAAGAGCUGUUCUCCCUGCUGAUUUUUUGCUUGCAUGCUGCGUCAGCUCCUGUUUGUCUCAGAAGUAAGCCCAGGACUGUAGUAUUUCCUCUGUUAGGCUGCACAGAUUCUGGGUAACAUCUGUUGCUUUCUGACAGGUCUCUGCUUUUGGAUUGGCCCUGUGCAAGCCCAAAGGAAGUUCUUCAUGGUUUCCUCAUACCCUCCCCACUUUAAACUGUUUAUUUUUUCAGUGGUGGCUCCUAUUUUCUUGCGGUUACAGUGUGAGGUGUCCUGGAACAACAUUCAUGAGAAUGCCCACAUGCUGAUUCCUACUCCGGAUAAAGAUGAUGAUCCCAUUUGUGUCGAUUACUCGCACUGUAUCCGCCCGAGCAUUGUUCCUGCCAGAGCUACCUCACUGCCAGCUCUAGGCUGGGCAAGCAGGGAUGACGUAUGGAAAAACAUGAUAAACAAAGAAGAGAUUUACAUGAGGGAUAAAUUCUACAUGCAAAGGCACCCUCAGCUGCAGCCUAAAAUGAGAACCAUCCUUCUAGACUGGCUAAUGGAGGUUUGUGAAGCCUACAAACUUCAUAGAGAAACUUUUUAUUUAGCACAAGAUUUCUUUGAUCGCUUUAUGGCAACACAACAGGAUGUUGUAAAAACACUAUUGCAGCUUAUUGGUGUCACUUCUCUGUUCAUAGCAGCAAAGCUUGAGGAAAUUUAUCCACCAAAGUUGCACCAGUUUGCCUAUGUUACAGAUGGAGCCUGUACAGAGGAUGAAAUCAUCACUAUGGAAUUGAUCAUUAUGAAGGCUCUUAAUUGGAACUUAAAUCCACUGACAGUUGUAUCGUGGCUAAACACUUACUUGCAAGUUGCAUAUUUAAAUGAGCUUUAUGAGGUAAUGCUACCACAAUAUCCACAGCAGAUAUUUGUACAAAUAGCAGAGCUCUUGGAUCUCUGUGGGCUGGAUAUUGGCUGCUUGGAAUAUACCUAUGGAAUACUUGCAGCUUCUGCUUUUUAUCACUUCUCUUCAUCUGAGUUGAUGGAGAAAGUUUCAGGUUACAAAUUUUGUGAGAUAGAGAAAUGUGUGAAAUGGAUGGUCCCAUUUGCCAUGGCGCUAAGGGAAGUAGGAAGCUCCAAACUCAAACACUUUAGCGGGAUAGCUCCUGAAGAUUUGCACAAUAUACAGACACACAUAAACAGCUUUGAUUUACUGGACAGAGCUCAAGCAAAACAAGCCAUAUUGGCUGAGCAAAAUAGGACUUCACCUUUCCCCACUGGUGUCCUUACACCACCACAAAGUCGUAAGAAACUGUCUCCUAGACUGCAAUCAAUAUGACUUUAGAAACUGUUGAUGGACAAUUUUGCUGAAGUGCCUGUUCUGCUGGUUUUAGCUCCUGCUCCAUUACAGAAAUGCUGCCAGUGAAGUUCAUAAGCUUUCAUGGAAUCUGAAAAGGAAACUUUACUUUCAUGUGACAGAAAUUUUUCUAUUUGAAAUAGUUUUAUUGAACGUUAAAAUAUUUUAAAGAAAUGGAUCAAGUACACCAGCCACUUGAAAGAACACCGAAGUGUGCUCCAGAUGCUGCUACGGAGGGUGAUGCUUGAUCAACUGUUCAGAAAAAGGGCUUGAAGUUUAGAUCAGUUACUGUUCCUGUUUGUCCUUUGGGGAAUCUGCAGAUUUCUGUGCCUCAUUGACAAAUGGGCAAAAAGUGCUGUGGAAGACAACAUUUCAAAGCCUUUUUUUUGAAUGGUUGGCUUACAACUUGAUGCCUUUUAAAAAACUUUAUUGUAAAAGCUGCUAUAUCUCUGUGUAUUCAUUUUUAAUAAAAAAAAUGCUGUCUAAGACAGCUGGUUUUAUGUAUAUUUCUAUAUUUCUUUUACCUAUGAUCAAUUAAGAUUUUUUCAGACUGUGACCAUUAAUAAGUGUGGGAGUUGGGGAUGAAUAGUUGUAGUAUUAUUGCUUUAUUUAUUUACUACUAUUGGCUUAUCCACUGAAACUUCUUUAUUUGGAUACUAAGGUAAAAUUGUCAUGUUGGGCUACUUGGAUUUCCUCUAGCCAGGUACAGGUGGCUAGGGAGGGGAUAAUAAACAUGACAAGUAUAUGGGGAAUCCUCCUAUAACACUCUGUAAUGAUCAGCUUACUGGGAAAUUCUUGAAUCAGGUUGUCUAGAUUGUUACCCUUAGGUGAUGGUUAGUGAGAGAUGAUCAGUAGGAAAAGUCUACCUCUUCUUAAAUAAUCAUUUAAACAUUGGGAUUUUGGCACAGUAUUUGACAAAUAAUGAUGUGUGCAGAGCUAAAUUCUGGAGAGGUAUGUGCCUUUUUACAGGAAAGUCUGUGACCUUUGCAAUGUCUGAACAUCUCAGAGGUCCUAGUAGGACAUUUUCUGGAAACUCAUGGUUCUGGAGAAGAGGGGAGCAUGGAGAUAAAUGGUUGCUUAUUUUUUGCGUGUUUCUUGGUGCUUGCUUUGAAGGACUGUUCAAUAACACUGAAAACAUUUGUUAGACUACCAGGGUUCAUUGUGUCCUGUUGCAGAUAACUUAAAUGCUACAACACUUAAUAUUUCAGGAAGCUGCUAUUCUGUUGUUGGUUAGGGUUUUUUUUUAACAAUAGUUCUGCGCAAGGCUGCCUUUUAUUAUUUUUUUUUAAGUUAUUCUGCCUUUUUCUCUUCUCUGACCCAGUAUUUGGAUAAAUGUUAAAGCUUUAAUGUAAUAAAAAUGCCUAUGCUAA